AGGUUUAAAAAAAAAAAAAAAAAAAAAAAAAAACAAUUCCCGGCCGCGCAACCGAGAUUUAGGUGGCUGACAGCCACUCUCCUCGCCCCAAAAUACCUAAUGGCCGGAGUGGCGAUAAGAGUUGGCGAGUGUGGCUCCGCGGCUGUCUAACGAGAGGGUUAUACUCAGUCCCCUCGUCCCUGAGCAGCGACUGUUACCGUCUAUGCGCAGGGGCGGCUUUGGUCCCAGCAGCGUUAAGAGAAGCAGAAAGCGCUCCGGAUGUUUCAUCCUGAAACUCGCUUUAAAAAGAAAAAGCGCCCAGGGGCUUGUGCCUCCCCCUGUCCCCCUGCUCGAAACCACGCCUGGUGCUGGGGAGCCCGCUGUGAGGCCGGUACCGCCCUCUCGUCCUCCCUGCGGCACCGCUUCCAGCUCCGGACCUGCCCCGCCGCGGUAGACGAGACCUCCCGGGUGCGCGUGGAAAAUGAGCUGAGGUCAUCAACUCUGUAUAUGGGCCAUCAUUGGAAAAUACUGGAUGAAAACCAACGUGUGCUGGAUCUGGAUGUGUAAAUCAGUAAGACAGCCAUGAUUAGAUGUCUGUCUUUCAACAUUCUUGUGAGUAGAAUUGCGUACAGAACUACUUCUGUAGAAACACAUCUAGUUAAGAUUGAACACCAGAGGAGCACUGUGGUAGAAAUGGGCUUUGUGUCAUGUUGGCUUCCUGUUUAAAAAAAAAAAAAAGCAGAAGAUUGUCAAUUUUAAAGGGACAGCAACAAAGUGAUGACCAGGUGCCAAGUGCCGGCUGCCCUCAUUCACCAGAUUGAACAAGAAUUAGAUAAAGAAGAAGAUGAGAUAAUGAUUUUCCUGUGCCGAGACCUUGCUCCUGAUUUAGCUACUGCAGACCUUAGAGAGCUGCUCGCAGCUUUGAAUGACAGGGAGAAACUGUCUCCUUUGGGCUUGUCUGAGCUGUUGUACAGAGUUAAGAGGUUUGACUUGCUGAGGAGAAUCUUGAAGACUGAGAAGGCAACAGUGGAAGCUAACCUUGCCAGGUGUCCCAGACUUGUUCCUGAUUACAGGGUACUAAUGGUAGAGAUUAAUGAGAAUUUGGAAAAAGAAGAAGUUGGUUCUCUUCUUUUCCUGCUCAGAGAUUAUGCACCUCGUAUGAAAAUGGCAAAAGAUAAGAGUUUUCUAGGUCUUGUGAUUGACCUGGAGAAACUAAAUUUGGUGGCUCCUAAUCAACUGGAUUUGAUAGAAGACUGUUUUCGAAACAUUCACAGGAUGGACCUGAUUAAGAAGAUUCAGAAGUACAAACAAGAAGCUUUAAUGUCCUCCGUUCAUUCUCAGCCAGUGUAUGUAAAUGCACUUCAAGCAUCUCUCCCUAAUCUCAGUCUGAUUGAUCCCCCUUACAAUUCAGGGGAGAAAACACGAAACAGACAAAGCCUUAUUCAGGGAGAACCAGUCCAUUUAUCAAUUCAGGAAUCAGGACCAAUGUCACACAAGGUGUUUGAUGAUCAAUACAGAAUGCAAAGUCAACCUUUAGGAAUAUGCCUGAUCAUAGACUGUAUUGGCAAUGACUCAGAUAUGUUGGAGGAGACCUUCAGAGACUUAGGCUAUGAUGUUCAUUGUUACAGGUAUUUAAAUAUGCACACCAUGAAUCAAACAUUGCAGGAAAUUGCAAGGUUGCAGAAGCACAGAAAUUGUGACAGUUUCAUCUGCAUAUUGGUCAGCCGGGGCAGCCCUCAGAGCGUGUUCUGUACAGACCAGACCUCUUCUGGAUUCCCUUUGGAACGAAUAAAGAAAUACUUUACUGCAGACUCAUGUCCUGAACUCCUAGGAAAACCAAAGCUCUUCUUCAUUCAGAGCUACAUUGUGCCAGAAAGUGAGCAAGAAUGUACUAGUCUGUUGGAAGUAGAUGGGAAUGAUGAGAAGAUCAUUUCUAAUGCAAAAAUCCCAUGGAAAGUCACUAUCCCCCAGGUAGCAGACAUCUUUUGGAGUCAGUGCAAGGUGGACGUGUCUACACUAGAAAGGUCUCCAAGUUCACCCUCGUAUUAUCUACGUUGUCUGGCUGAGCUACUCCGCAAUCCCCAUAAAAGGAAACUCUCUAUAUUAGACAUCCAUACAGAACUGAACAGAGAAGUCUAUGAGUGGAACAAGACCAUUGACCCAAGCCAGCAAUACUCACUUCUGCUCCAGCACACUUUGAGGAAAAAACUUUUUCUUUCUCCUACUUAACCGCUGUUGGAAAAUACAUGUCUGAAAUAGCUAAAAGAAUACUUGCUAAGACCCAGACGCCUUCAUACACACUUCAAGCACUGUUAUUGCCUGCAUACCUCAAGUGCCCGUUACUUCUGAACCUGGGGAUUUAGAAGCAUUUUGGGGGGUUUAAGGCACUAGAUUUGGUAUUUUAAUACAGAAGUCUCAGAAAACUUGGAGAAGAAUGGCAGCUAUUGCAUAAAACUGCAACAGAUCUUGCAACCAAAUGCCACAGGUAAACAGUGUGUAAAGAGCUCUAAACUAUAGCCAUUGGAUUUUUCAAGGUUCUGUGUGUGGUUUGUGGGGUUUUCUGUUUUUUGUUUCUUUUUUUUUUUUUUAAGCAUACCUAUUAGCAGUGCACUGAUCUGGGCUCUUCUUUUGAUGUUUAAAGCAAAGACAAAUAAGUGCAAGCCACUGAUAUUCACUCAGUACUUUCCCCAGCACAUAAUAAGGGAGAACUUGUCAGCAGAGAAUGCCUUCCCAACAACUCCAGUUCUCCUAUAAUAAAGUAGUUCUGGCUUGCAUGUCUCCACAGACUGUAGCAAAACAGAACAAAGAGAAAAUGGUCUUUUAAAUAAUUUGGAUUUGAUCUGUCUGCUGCAUUAGAGCUUGUGAUUCAUCCAGAACCCCCUAUGUCCUCAGUACUCUCCGCAGCACCUAAGGGUUGCAUGUUUCUAAAUUGGACAACCCGCCAUGUCUUGGGCUAAUUUUGCUUUCUGCUGGUACAAAAAUGAGUCUCCACAUAGCAGGGCCUUACAGUAAUAAAGUUGUAGAGUUUAAGAAUGUGGGGUUUAGCAGAUAUUCCGUGAAAGCUGAAACUUGAUUCAUACUUGCCGCAUCAGACAUAGCUAUAAAAAUACACUGUUUACCACAUCUGAAUGUCUUGUGGCAACCACUGGCUCUUAAGACUGGAUUACGUUCCCUUGUUCCUUUUGCUUAUGAAAAAGGGUAUGUCUUUAACUUAUUUUUUUGAAGUUGCCCUUGUUCUUCUGAAAAAGACAUGACAGAAAACUGCCUGAAAUGUAGCAGUCUUUUCUCCACUGAGGCAGAUGCGUAACGUCAAGAGUUCAGUUGAUCUGAAUGCUAUAUAACACUACAACCUGGAUGAGCUGUAUUGAGAUUUAUUGUUGCUGAAUUUAUGGCAUUCUCCUCCUUUCUAAAACAAGCCACUUGCAAGCUUUCAGUACUCUUAAUACAGUCUCUUGUCCAGGAAGAAAUUUCAAGACCUUGGCUUGCCUUGCUUGGUUUCUGGUAUAGUUAUGCCAUACAUCCUUGUGGUGCAUAUGUAUUUCAUGUGAGCAAAAAGAAAAGUAUUUUUUGCUAGUAUACUAUAUGCUGGUUUCUUGAGCCAAAAAAUUGCAAAAAGACUUUUUACUAGUGUAGCUGCAUUUGAUUUGAGCAAAAAUCAGAUGUGCUUAUCUGUAUAAUUUUACCAACAAUGCUUUUCGUUGUCCACCAGGUCUCACAGGCAGCUAGCAGUAGUGUAUUGCUGCUAAUUAGGAUGGCAUGACAAAUAAAUUUAUUCUGGUAGCAGUGACUUUUUCUCAAUACUCUGUUGUACUACUUAGGUGUUGGCUUGACAUUAUUUUUAAUAACCUUUUUUUGGAAGUCAGACUUCCCGAGUUUCAUUCAGAAAAAACAAAUGAGUUUUCAAGUAACUUUCAUAAUUGAAAUAAAUCACAUUUAUUUGGUAAAGAGCAGGUAUCUAUAUCUGAUAAAUGCUCAGGAGUCCUUCCUUGUUAUGUGAUGCAAGUCCAGUCUCUUCCUGGCCUAAGAGGUUCCUUAACUGCUGAUUGAGGACUGUUAGAGUAUAUCAAGAGAAGAAACCCACUAAACGAGUUUUACCUUAUGUUCUUUCCUUAAGCAUCCAUAUGCAAUUUUAAGAUUGAAAAUAUAUAUUUAUUUAUAUUAAUAUAUACUUUUGUAUAAGACAUGCUGAGCCUUUUAUAUCAUUACACUUAAAUCUUCAUUCUUGUUACACUUUUUUUUAAUUUUGUAUUCAGUUUUAUUUGCAUGUUAAAUAUAGGAAGUGAAAUACAUAGUUGUGAUUAGAAAUUUUUGCACAAGUUUAAAAAAAAAAAACAAACUUCCCCUAUAUUAUAAGCCUGUGCAUACUGUACUUUUUUGGUCUCUUUCCACUUCAUAAGCUGGUGUGUCUUUUUAAUAAAAGUAUAUGGAAACUUUUUUAUAGUUCAGAACUGGGAAAUGUAACCCAAAAUUUUAUGUUAAAUCAUGGGUACAUGUGCUAUUUAUAUUGGUGUAAUUCUAUGUAGGCACAGGCAUAAGAGGAAAAAAUGAUAGCAAAUCAGCUUUUGCAAAAUCCAGACAUUCAUUAAAAGGUUGGUCUCUGUAAGCGUUAAAGUUAAAAUACUCCUAUUUUGUGAUGUUACAGGUCUAGAAACAAAUGUAUCAUAGUGGUGGUAUGGGGGAAUUCAUUUCUUCCGUUCCGUUGCCUACUUUGUAAGAAAUGGCCUUUUAAAUUGGUGAUUCUUAUAAACUAGUACCAUAUUGUUUCUGGCUUUAAAAAUAUUUUGUGUCUUAAUUGAUUUUAUAAGUAUUCCACAGACUCAACUAGAGAACUUGCUGCUUUGCAGCACCAGAAAGGUCUGUAUUUUAUGUCAUAGUAAAAAUGGUGUUCAUUUCUAACCUCUGGUAUUUUAUAAACUGCUUAGCUUGGAAUAAAAUACAGCAAAUGUAAUUUUGAAACUUUACCUUGCUCAUAUUCCAUGGGAUAAAAGGAAUAUUAUCAAAUGACUGAUUUGGAAUCUGAGAAGUUAGUUCCUGUAGUAUCUAGUAAAUGAAGCAGGUGAUAUAAAACAAAUACAGACUGUUCUGUGGCUGUAGAAAUAAGGUGUGUUUCCUAGUUAUUGUGCAUAUAUGUGUGAUAAUAAAUAUGAUUUCACUUCA